UGGGUUUUGAUGGUUCCUGCUCCAAAUUUUGCGCCCUACACCGGAAAACGAUUCGCGGCUGGCACGUUGGAGAGGCAGUGGCGGGAUCUCUGUUCAGUUUCCAGCCGGCAAUUUCUUGCCCACCUAAAUCAUUCCGGCAUCAAAGCAGCAAAGGUGCCCAGUGGCCGUGUGUAUAGGAUCUCUGGCCUCCAAUGUCACUCUCAAAAUCUCCGGUUGCUGCCGAUGAGGAUAGCGACCCAUCGAUUGAAAUUGAAGUAGAGGAAGAUCCCGAGGAAGAGGAAGAUCCUGAGGAAGAAGAAUACGAAGAAGUGGAAGUAGAGGAAGAAGUGGAGGAAGAGGAGGGGGAGGAAGAGGGAGCGCAAGAUGAAGUAGAGGAGAAGGGAGAGGAAGAGGGAGAAGAGGAGGAAGUGGAGGUAGAGGAGGAGGAGGAGGAAGAAGUGGAGGAGGAGGUGGAGGAGGAGGAGGAGGAGGAGGAGGAGGAGGAGGAUGCCAAAUUUGCGGUGCCAGAACCUUCAGCAGAUGCCGCUAAGGACCCUGAAGAUUUGAGCCGACAUAUGGAAUCUGAGGGGCAAGAGAGGAACUUCAGGCUAGUUUGUUGUGUGGCAGUAAACCCUGAUACAGUGUCUGCAGAAAACAAUGACUCCUAUAAGGUUCUUACAGUGGAAAAAGAAGAUUUUCGGCCAGAACAUGUGACUCGAAGUAGUCCAAAUUCAAGAAAUAAUGUGGGUACUGCUGAAGAUGAUAAACAUCAAGGGCUAGAUGUCGCUAAUGAAAGUAAAGGAUCCCCUCUACAAUGUAAAACCUUUGAAGCCUACAACAAACCAAGUUGUGAUAGCAAAGCUUACUUAUGUGGUCUUAAAGAGUCUGGGACAGCCAAGUCAUCCAAUGAUGCUGGAAAAGACAUGGCUAAAAAAGAUGUGGCUAUUGACUUCCAGCAGAAAAGCUGCUGUGUUGAGGAUGCUUACGUUGUCACUCAGAAUUCUAUAAACAAAAUAAAGCAAUCAGACGUGCAUUCAGGGGAUGAAACAAAGCAAAUGACCUCAAGAUUUACUUCCCCUGAUAUGAGGACGCAGAGUCUUUCUCCCUGUGCUGAGAUGAAAGAUGUAAACAAACGGCCAGCAAUUAUAUGCAGCUUUUUUGCUAAAGGAUGGUGUAUCAGAGGUAGUUCAUGUAGGUUUCUUCAUAUAAAAGAUCAUGUAAAUAAUACUGGCCAGCAGGCUGCAGGAGACUUGGUUUCUACAAAUUGCAAGAGAGAAGGGCAACCGGAGGAAGGUCUGACCGGCAAUGCUGAGACAUCAGGAAUGUCUGACGCUCCAGUUCCAUUGGCUGCUUCAUUGGCGAGCUCUUCUUUGCAUUCUUCUGAAUUUUCUCUAAAAGAGACCAUCCGUAAUGAGCAAGAAGCAAGCCCAAGUCAGCAUCCAUCUCAAGAUAAACAUAAGUUUCCAUUACUUUUGCAAGAGGACUUGUCUUCUAAGAACCAUGUCUUGCCAAUUGGUAGAGACAGUUCUAUAUCCAGGGAUCGAUUGAUCCUUGAAAACAGAUCUAAUUUUAACGCAUCAAACAACUAUUUCAGCAGGAAUCGCUCUUAUCCAUCCUGCGUGGAGGGAUUGGCUCCCAUUGAAAACCAGCACGUGUACAACAAAUAUGUUUCCCAAGUUUCAGCUCCAUCAAGUUAUUCAAUGUCUUCGAAUUUAUCUAAUGGGGCAAAUUCUUUGGAUGCUCAAAAGCUGUUGAAAAGUGGCAAAGAAUAUCAUGCUCCUACAUCCACUUUCUUAGGUUCAGAAUGGGAGGAGAUGCCUCUAACUAGUUCAUCCGGAGUUCAGCCACAUGUCACUGGAUAUAAAAGAAAAAUAUCUUUUUAUGAUUGGGAGCCAUCUGUACCUUUUCGGCCAUCAUUUUUUAUUACUUCAGCCAGUAUAUCCUCUUCUGGUGACAUGUAUGAUCCAUUUCAUCCUUGUGUUGAGAUAACUAACAUAGGAGAUGGAUCCUUGAAAGCUUCCAUUUUUAUUCACGGGCCUCCCAUCCAGGCUUCAUCUCAUGUGCGGACAUAUGGUGAUUGCCCUGGAGCUGGGGACAAGGUGGCUGAUAUCAAUGACGACAAGAGUUCUGUUUCUUCUCAUCACAGAUUUUAUGAGAAUGAGGCAAACAAGAGUGGUGUUCCUUCGGAGAAAGAUGACUGUGCACAUGAAACAGAGACAACAGCCAGAACCUAUCUAAACUCCUAUAAUGGUAAAGCAAGCAUUGGAGAAAAUACCCUUGCUGUUGAAGAUAAUACGAAAAUUGAAGUUGAACAAACAGAUAAUGAUGCUAGAUAUCGAGGUGAAGGAUCAAAAAAGAGAAGAGUAGAUAUGGCUAAGAAAAACAAUGAAAUUAAUGUUGAUUUUCAGAUCAAUGGCAAUAUGCGGAAUGAUUCGAAGGCUCUAAAAGUUUUUCGUACAGCUCUUGUAGAUUUAGUGAAGGAGUUGUUAAAACCAUCUUGGCAAGAGGGUCAUCUCAGCAAGGAUGCACAUAAUACAAUAGUUAAGAAAUCAGUUGACAAAGUUAUUAGCACCCUACAACCCCACCAGAUUCCAGCCACCAUAGAUGCAGUUAGCCACUAUGUUUCUUCAUCUCGGUUGAAAAUUGCCAAGCUUGUUGAUGGAUAUGUCAAUAAAUACAGCAAGUCUUGAAAUUUUACCACCAAACACUUCCGUUGUACAGUUUGGAACAGUGUGAGAUCCAGACUCAUGUACAAUUUGGUUGAUUGUUGAAUAUUCGAGAUUUAUGAGGAAUAUUUUGAAUUCUCUUUCAAAA